AUGAGUCUGUUUGCACAGUAUGAAUCAGAUGAUGAAGAUGACGUUGAACACGAUCCACAGCCUCAACAAUCGACAACAAACACAUCGACAACAACUACAACAACAUCUGCUGUAGAUCAAAACUCAUUAGAGUAUUCAGAGUAUGAUGUCGAUCGUAAAUUGCCAAUUGCAAAGGUAUCUGAUAAACCUUAUGGUCUAAAGGUUGAAGAGAAUAGUCAAUCGGUUGAUAUGGACAAUGAUGAUGAAGAUGAAGAGAACAAACAAAACAGAGAUGGCAAUACAAGUAACAACAACAGCAACAGUGUCUACAGAAAUAAUGGUUAUAACAACAAACAAAAUGAUGACAACGGUCGCAACAAGGACAACGCUGCAGACGAAGAUGAUAAUGAUGAAAGACAACGAAAGAAGAAGAGAUACUUGGAACCAACAUAUUCAAUGAAGAAUAACUACAUCAACACAACAUUAGAGAACGCUACACCACCUCCCUCUGUUGCCAACACUCGCACACCACCAACGCCCAUCCUCUACUCUCCACCCUACGUCAGCAACCUACCUCAGUCCACCAAUCCCAGUUUCUCUGGCCUCUAUCCAAACGUAUCAUCACCAUUCCUGCCCGAGCCGGAAGGUGAGUUGGAUGAGCGAAUGAAAGAGAAGAUAAUGAAGUAUCAUAAGAUGAAACUUGAAGGUAUUAGCUUCAAUGAGACAUUGAGGAACUCAUCAGCAUUCAACAAUCCAUCGAUAUUGGAGAAGUUGAUAAGCUUUUGCGAGAUCAAGGAGAAUGGUUCAAAUCUACCAUUGACCUAUUAUAAUCCCAACGCUUACAAACCAGAGGAAUAUUACGAUCAGCUGGAGAUCAAACAAAGAGAGAUGGAGGAGCGAAAGGAAAGAGAGCGGCAGAGGCAAGUCGACCUGGCCGCCAGCAUUGCUUCACAACCAAAGACAUCAACAACAACCACAACUGCGCCACAUUCACAAACAUCAAAGAAGAAAGCUUGGAACAAAUAUACUCAGCAAUCAGCUCCAUCCAAACAAGUAGUCGUUUCAAAUAGUGUUAAAGUUGGAGCAGUUAUCUCAUCAGCGCCAACUCAAGUAAUCCAUACGAUCACCUGGCACCAUCCAGUCCACCAACCCACCUAUCUACCGACUGGCCUCCAAUCAAUCACAGUCAAGUCCAACUGA